AUGGAAAGUUGUUCUUCAUGGAACUACACUGGUUUUGGUUCUGGAGCAUCAGAAUAUUUUGGUAAAAUAGAAUUUGUAGAAGCUCGAAAACAAAUUCUAUCUCUCACUGCUUCCUUAAAGACAAAAACAUCUAAAAACGAAUUUAGAGAUGGAUGCUUAAAAUUGGCUGAUUAUCUAAUUAAAAUAAAAGAUAAACCUCCAGAUUAUACUAAUCCAAAACGUUGGGUACCAGUACUUAGAAAUUAUUUUGGACAUAAAUUUAAGGAGCUUAGUCAACAUGGAGGUUGUCCUAUGAUUUUUGAACAAAAAGAUAGAGAUCUGUUAGAAUUAAAAUAUGAUGCACUAGACUUCUGUGAAAUUAAUAAAUCAUAUCAAAAAAAACUAAAUGCCUUCAAAAAAAGAGGCAGUAGCACAUAUAAUUGUAAUAAUGACGCCAAAUGUAUAAGUGAAUGUACAGAAUAUAGCACUUGGUUUAUAAGCAAGAAGAAAUAUUUUGAGGAAAAGAAAGGUCUCACUAGUGAAAGUUGCAUAUUUAAAAAUACAUCAUCACAGUUUCCAGAAAAAACAUGCAACAUACUAAAUCCUAAAACAUUUAAUAAACCUCCUCAAUGCUUAUUACCGGAACCGGUUAUACCUAGUCAACCUCCACUUAAAGAAAAAGAUUUAAGCCCACCAAAUGUAUAUCAGAUUAAAUCCGAAGAUUUACCUGCAACUCAAGAACAAAGUACAUUUCAAGGGAAACUCCCAACUGAUAGAGGAUCUGAUAAUUCACGUGAUAUAGCAUCUGGUAGGUCACCUAAUAGAGCAUCCGAAGAUCCACCUCAACUUCAAACAUCAUCCGAAGACAACUCUGAGGCAAGUUUAACUAAGUUAACAGAAGAUACACAACAUAGACAUCCUGAAAUAACCAAUGUUCCUGUAUUUUCGACACCUGAACAGAAAACAACACAGGAUUCUGUAUAUCAACCUCCAGUUGAUCAAGAUUCAAACACAGAAGGUGGUAUUAAAACUACAUCCGUAGUUAAUGAAGUAUCACUUCCUAAAACCUUUCAAUCUACUCCUUUAGACCCUAAGGUUCAAGGUCCAGUAGUAAAUUCACAUAGCCCAUACAUAUCAUCAUUUUUAAUAACAUUUCUAAUUAUUAUUGUGUCUUCUCUUUUUAUUAAAUAUGUUCUAAUGGGGAAGUUUAAAAAAAAGAAAAAUAUAAGAAGACAAGUUAAAUUCCUCAAAAUACUACUACCUUCUAAUUCUAUCAAAAAAGACAUAUUUUUAUCAAAUGAUCACUUGGAUCAGCCAAUACAUGAUGAUGAAGAAAUCAUAAAAAAACUAAAAAUACAUGAACAUAACACUAUAAAAAAUACAAAUAUGCCAAAGAGAAAAAAGGACAGAUCAAAAACCAUUAUAGAAGUACAUAUGAAAGUACUCGAAGAAUUUCGAAAUGAACAAUGGGCAUUAAGCAAAAAAGAAUUUUUAGCAAUAUGUCUAGAAGUAUACGCAAAUGAGGAAUAUAGAUCUCAUCCUAAUUUAAUAAAUUAUAAUAAAGUGGAAAAUAUUAAAUAUAGCACUGAUACUAAAGAAAAAGGAAUUCUGUGGAAUAAAUGGAUAGAAAAACACAGAAAUAUUUCUAAAAAACUGGAAAAAGCAGAUUGGUUUAAUCAUUUGAAAAAUGAAUGGAAAAAAGAAAUGGAAGAACUAAACAAGAAAUAUUCAAACGAAAAUGAAAAAGUUUCAUUUUUAGAAAGAGAAAAAGUUAUAUGGAGACAGUGGAUAUCAAACAAGGGUAAAAUUGUAGAACAAAAUAUGGAAGAGGACUGGUUUAAGGGAUUAACAGAUGAAUUUAAUAAUAUAUUGGGUGAAUAUGAAAAUGAAGAAACUAAAAGUAGUGUAUCAUUAAUAAAUAUAGAAGAAAUGGCACACAACAAAAGUUGUGAAGAAUUAUACAAAUAUAUUAAAAAAAAAUUACUAGCAAAACUGUGUAUACUUGUAUUUAUGACGAUAUUAGAGGAAUGCAAAAAAGAGGAGCGUAUAGAAAAUAGGGAAUCAUAUUUUGAUAAUUUCAUAAAUGAAUGUAAGUCAGAAGAAAACUCAGAUAGAAAAGAACAAAUCAUAGAGGAUAUAAGAGAUACUAACUGCAAUAUUUUGGAGAGUGGUAAAAAUAAUAAAAUACAUGAUGAUAAAGGUGAAAAAUGUUUUAGAGAGAACAUAGAAGAUUGGAUAAGAGAAGAUGAUUCAUAUUCAAAUUCUACUAUAAAUAAUAAUAUUGUAGGAAAAUCCGAUGAUAUAAUAGAAAAAUACAUUUCAUAA